AUAGACAGCACCGAGGACGAGCGCCAGAUGAGCAAGAGGACGUCGGCGGCCCGCAACAUCAUCAUUGCUCACCUGAAGUCAAUCAAUCGCCUGUCCGAGAACCCGUCGCGCGACGACCUGCAGCAGGUCCUGCCGCGCGACUGGGGCGCGGGCAUCGCGCGUCACCGCUCGCAGGACGGCAUGAUCAGCCGCCUGUUCGAAGCCAAUCGUGGGGCAGGUCUUUUCGAGGUUUCUACGCAGGCUCAGGCCUCGCAGCUGAACAUUCCCUUCGCCGAGCACCUGCAGGACAUCAACUUCGGCAC